GUCCAAACAUCUAUUUAAAUUCCUUUCAUACUAAUAUUUAAAUUUUGCUGGAUGUCCAAAAUUGGACGUUACUCCAAUUAGCAAAACAUGAUUUUAUUUUGUGACGAAAUAAUUACUUCCAUCUCCUAGUGUAAAAGAAAACAGACCAAUAAGAGUGUGCUAGAUUGGAUUUGCUUCCAAACAACAACACAACCUUGGAGAAUCUGAGGUGAUGGAGUAUUACUUUAUUCUAUUUCUAAUGUCUUAAUCAUAAACUACAUGAUGAUAUUUAAAAGCUACUCACCUGAUUCUUGCAUUCCUCCUUGAAAUCACAAAGAUCUCAUUCUGCACAUUCAAUAAAUGCUCUCAGCAGAUGAAAACAAACAUUAAUACUACACCUUAUUGCAAACUUCAAAAUCCAUAAGAACAAAUGAAUGAAUGUGUUUUAGAGUUUAGACAACAAAUGCAUCUUUUGGUCAAAGCUUCUUGUCCACUUGCUCCUCUGUAACAGUAACUCCCUCUUCUCCAACAUGAAGAAUAUUUUCUUCCCCACUUUAUGAGCUGGUAUUUUUAAUCUCUACCCAAAAAACAGUAAUUCACCAUUUCCUUAGAAAAAUAUUAUUUUUUUUGGGGUGAUUUGGAGUGGUCAUUUCUAUUAUGAACUCCCCACAAUGUGCACAUCAUCUUGUAAUCUGGAAAGAUGCUUUUUUCCUGAGUCUCAAAGCCUCACUCACCUCUACAUUCUGCAACUCUUCCAUAGAUAGGUGAGAAAAAAACUGGGGCCAUCCAACCAAAGAGAAAAAGUGAAUCCCAAACACCAUAGCAUCAAAACCAAUACCUUUUUUGUGGGUAAAAGUGAAGAAAAAGGACCAAUUUUUUUAAAGAGCUGAUGGCUUAAAUCCAGUAUUCAAUUACAAGGUUCAGUCUUUUCUGCAUUCUUUUGCCAAAACCCAUCUCUCAAAACCCUCAAAAAAACUUCCACCCAAAAGCAUUUCAGAGAGAUAUAGGGGGGAAACCAUGAUUUGAUCCCAUGAAAAACUCACAGAUGGGAUUGCCCAUUAGACCUUUUUACUUGCUUUCCCUUUUUCUGGUCAUUUUCUCAGCCCUUCACCUUAUCCUAGUAGCUAAAUCUGCAUCUGACUACACAACCUUAAUCUACAAGGGCUGUGCUAAACAGUCUUUAUCAGAUCCAACUGGAGUUUAUUCACAAGCAAUUUCAACCCUUUUUGGUACUCUCAUUGCACAGUCCUCAAAGGCCAAGUUUUACAAGACUUCAUCUGGUAGUGGCCAGAACUCCAUUAAUGGCCUUUUUCAAUGCAGGGGAGACCUUUCCAAUGUAGACUGCUACAGCUGUGUGAGCCAGCUACCUACACUAAUUGACAAGCUUUGUGGUAAGCCUGUAGCUGCAAGAAUCCAACUUUUAGGCUGCUAUAUGCUUUAUGAGGUCCAAGGGUUCCCUGAAAUCUCUGGAUUGGAAUUGUUGUACAAGACUUGUAGUACUAAAAAUGCUGGUGGAGCUGGGUUUGAGGAGAUUAGGGAUACUGCUUUGAAUUCUUUGGAAAAUGGCAUGGGAAGUGGCAAUGGCUUCUACACCACCAAUUAUCAGUCAAUGUAUGUGUUGGGGCAGUGUGAGGGUGAUUUGGGCUCCUCUGAUUGUAACAGUUGUGUGACUACGGCUGUUCAAAGAGCUCAAGUUGAAUGUGGAAGCUCUGUUUCAGGUCAAAUCUUUCUUGGCAAGUGCUUUAUAGGCUAUAAUUAUUAUCCCAAUGGGGCUCCUAAAAGGUCAUCAUCAUCAUCAUCUUCAUUUUCACCUGAAACUUCAUCAGGUACACCUUCUUCAUCAGGGUCAGGGCAAAAUACUGGAAAGACUGUGGCUAUCAUCUUAGGAGGGGCAGCUGGAGUUGGAUUUUUAGUCAUUUGCCUGCUUUUUGCUAGAGGUUUAAUGAAGAAACAUGAUGAUUAUUGAAGGGAGCCCUGAUGGAUGUUCUAUAAACUAAAGUUUUGUUAAGGUGAAUUGAUUCUUCCAAAAAAAUUGUAUUUUAAAGAGGGAUUGUAGUAGUAAAAGAUGUAGAAGGGUAUGAUCUUAGGUGCAGGAAAGGCUUCUCGUUUAUUAUGAAUAUGAUGAUGAUGAAGACAUGUUUUAGAUGGAACAAAUUUUGGGGCAUGAAUUGAGAUAGGAUGAAAUGGUUGCAUCUAAAUAAAAAAAAGAAAAGGGAAUUGGGGAGUGAAUGAGUGAGAUCCUUAUGUUUUGUCAAAUUGUGAAAAAGAUGGGCAAAAAGCCAGUAAUGGAUUUUUGGUCUUUUUCUCAAAUUGCCAUGUGCAUAUUUGUCUGUGUUUUCUCUCCUCUUUCUUGAAUAAUGAUAAAUGAUCAUCCAUUUUCUUUCAAAAGCUUUAUGCUCUUUCACAAGGCUCUGUCUCUAUAUAUAUGUGUAUGCGCUAUGUUGAAGGAGAGGCAUCAAAUUAAGUAGCUCGAGUUUUUGAACGUAAUGAAACU